AUGCUGGACAACAACGCGAGCUGCCCGGAAUGCCGCUUCCACCCUGAGGCGCGCCACUCCCUGGCGGCCGUGCUCAUCUUCACGAUCGUCGUGGACAUCCUGGGGAACGUCUUGGUGAUCAUGUCCGUGCUGAGGAACCGCAAGCUCCGCAACGCCG